AUGGUGCAGACGGAAUCGUGGCUGCCACGCAUCGUAGCGGACAGCGACCUGGGCGACAUCCUACGCGUUCUCCACUUGGCGGGCACCUUGAGGCCACCAGGGACAGGGGGCGCCGCCUUCUGGACAGCCAAUGUGGCCACCUUCGCCGCAGGCGCAAUCUUCUUCGCGUCGCAGGCCAGCGCCAUGGCCAAGAUCGGCACUUCCGACUUCGACAGCUUCGUCUUGCUUCUGUGUACCAUGAACACGGCUGGCGUCUAUGUGCUUCGGCUCAUACACUUCCACGCCCACAGUCGCGUCAUACACCAGCUUGCGUACCAGGUACGCGACGAACUCUACCAGUGGGCGACUGGUGAGUCUGAUGCCGCACUGGUCGCAGAGUCGUCUCGGCGCAUGCGCAGUUUCACGCGUCUCUGCGCUCGCGCUGCGCUGGUGGCCUCUCUGUGCUGGUUGUGUGUUCCGCCGCUGCUUCACGGAGCCUCGCCCAAGGGUCUGCCCUUCAUACUGGAGCUGCCCUUCGGCGUAGAGGGCAGGCCGUGGACUUUCCUCGCUGCCUGGAUCUACUGUGCACUCGGCACAUUCCACGUGGCAGUCGUCAGCGUCAUCGCCGACACUCUCAACAAUAGAGGAAGCCUCGGCGACAUUCUCAAAUACGUUGCCUACAUGAGCGUUAUGGUCACCGAGCUGGGCGUCUACUGCUGGUUCGGCAAUGAACUCAUUACAGAGAGCGAGGCGGUGGCUGAGAGCGCCUGCUACUGUGCGCACCGGGCGCGGCCGACGGCCUUGAGGAGGGGCCUGCUACUGGUGGCCGUGCGCGCAGCCCGGCCGCUCACCAUCAGCGCCGGACCCCUCUACGUCUUCUGCAGGGAGGCCUUCGUCUCGAUAGCCAACGCAUCCUACUCUUUCUGCGCCAUCCUGCGAAACUUUAAGGAUGAAUGA